AUGACAGAGAUGGAAAAAGAGGGCAGACCCCCCGAAAAUAAAAGAAGCAGAAAACCGGCUCACCCCGUGAAAAGGGAAAUCAACGAAGAAAUGAAGGUUCGGGCUGAGCGGGCCCGCCCAUGGGCAGGCAAGGCGGGUGAUCUCCAUGGCAACCCACCCUACUCCAUGAGUUUUGCAGAGAACACUAUGAACGAGCUGCUGGGCUGGUACGGCUAUGACAAGGUAGACCUGAGAGACCAGGACAACAUCGACAUACGGCACUACCCAGAUGGAGAGGUACAACACAUCUCUGUCCUGAAAGAAAACUCUUUGCCAAAAAUCCCAGGAGGAUCGGGGGAGAACAGCGAUGUCUCCCAUAACCAAGUCAAUAGCUCCCACUCUACAUCAACAUCGAGGAACGGAGUGACAGAGUCCUCCACCACCCCAUCCACCUCCACACCAAGCACCAGGGAGCAUGGGAACAUGCCGAUCAUAGUCCCACUGAUCCCACCCUCCAUGAUCAAGCCACCAGCAGACGAGGAUUUGUCUAACGUCCAGAUCAUGUGCGCAUGGUGUCAGAAGGUUGGCGUCAAACGCUACUCCCUCAACAUGGGCACUGAGCUAAAGAGCUUCUGCAGUGAGAAGUGCUUUGCCGCCUGCCGCAGAGCAUACUUCAAGAGAAACAAGCUUGGAUAUUUAAGGAAUUACAGGGCGAGAGACGAAGACGGCCAUGGUGAGAAAUUACCCCAGCACAGCUAUUCUAAGGAUACGCCCAGGCUUGUCUUCAAAACAAACAGCGAUGUGCUUGUGUGUGACUGGUGCAAACACAUCCGCCACACCAAGGAGUACCUGGACUUUGGUGCCGGUGAACGGAGGCUGCAGUUCUGCAGUGCCAAAUGCCUGAACCAGUACAAGAUGGACAUCUUCUACAAAGAGACUCAGGCGGCGCUGCCAGGGGGCCUGUGUAACCCAGGACACGGCCCUGUGGAGGGCAAGUCAGAGAGCAGCACUGGGUUGCAGCUUUUAACCCCCGAUUCCUGGGGCACACCUUUGGGUGACUUACGUCGCAAAGCCCCUUCUCCUGGGGCAAACCCCUCUGUGCCAGGCUCCUCCAGCUCCACCGCUGCCUCUCCCUCUGAGACAGGCACUGUCUGCUCUCCUUCUUCCUCGUCCACCAAAAACUCCACACCCAGACCCCACGAGAAUCCCACCUUACCCCCUCCCCCACACCCCUCUCUGCACCCUCCCAUGGGAGUCCUCUCGGGCAGCCCCCCCAUGGUGAUGAUGCCCCGGGGGCCUGUGCCCCUGCCCUUCUUCAUGGAGCAUCAGAUGAUGCAGCAGAUGCGCCCGUCGUUCCUCCGCCCACCUCCCCACCGCCCAGACCCCAACAGCCCUCUGUCCAACCCAAUGAUCCCUGGCAUCGGACCACCACCCCCACCACCCAGAACCCUGGCUCCGCCAUCCAGCCCUAUGCACAGGCCCCAGUUCUCACCCCACCACCACCCCUCAAACAACCCCAACCUUGGAGGGAACCCUCCAGGGAUGAUGCCACCCUAUCCAGGCCUACACAUACCUGGUUUUCCUUUCACCUCCAACAUGAUGCCAAACGGGCCCAUGCAUAUGCCGCACAUGAUGAACUUCAGUAUACCUUCCCUCGCCCCCCUGGUGCCCCCACCAACCCUGCUGGUCCCUUACCCUGUCAUCGUGCCCCUGCCGGUGCCCAUCCCUAUACCCAUACCCUUCCCCUUCAACCCCAAGACCUCCAAGGACAACCCCAGCAACAACAACGACCCCAUUCCAAGUGCGUCGGGGGAGAACACUGAUCCGAUGGAGCCCAAGCCUUUCUACCCUGGUUCCUCCAGAGGGGAACUGAAGUUGGAGGCCUCCAGUUGUGGGGUGCACUCCUUGGGCUUUCCUGGCUACACUCUGGACCGCUUUGGCUCUGAGAGAAGUAGGAUUGACGUGGUGGACCUGACCAUGAAGACUGAGAGUCCGGAGAGUGCCACCACCCUGGGACUCUCGCUCUCUGGUGGCCCCGCAGCCUCCCUCCCCGAGGGAGUGAUCGACCUGACUCUGGGCCAGCGGUCGCGGCUGCAGCAAGUCAUCCAGCGGGUGGUGCCCAGUGUCCAGGUGAAGGUGGAACCGGAAGGGGAUUCAUCCAGCCCCCCACCCUCUGGACCAUCCUCUCUUGAUGUCUCUGGGAAGGGGGACAGCAGCCUAGAGGACAUGAGCCAGGAGGUCAGGGAGGCCAUUAGUGUCUCUCUGAAGCCAAACUCCCUAUCUUGUUGCCAGGCCACAUCACCAUCCCCCCAGCCAAACCAAAACUCCUACCCCACCCAGCUCACAAACCACCCUGGCACCCCACAGACCCAGCUCUGCAACCUCGCUGCCCCCUUUAAUGUCAUAGUAAACGGCAGCAGUCAAUCCACAGACAGUCCCGGCAGGAGCACGCUACCCACACCUCAGUCUGACCCUGGUCGGAGAGGAGGAGGUGGCGAACCGGCCAACUGCGAGCUGGAGCAGGAUGCCCUGAAGGAGAACAGCUGCACAGUGGCGGAGUGGGAACCAGGUAAGAGAGGCCUGAGUGACGAGGCAGCACAGGGGGGGACUGAUGAAGGCAAGCUAGAAGCUUUCGGCGACCUUAUGGAUCUGGACGAUGAUGACGACCACGCCUAUGCACUGCUGCUGCCCAAGGCUGACUGUGUCAUCCAGCCCGGGCCAAAGCCCAGCGACAAGACAGCCAUUGUGUCCUAUAGCAUCAGCGCUCCUCUGGCGUCAGGGAGCCCAGAGCUGGAGCCGCCGUUAAAGAGGAGGUGCCUGCGAAUACGCAAUCAGAACAAAUGA